AUGAGUAAAGACGCAACUGUACAAUUAAAAAUAUUAAAACUGAACCAAAUGAGACUUUUGACUGAUUUAAUGGGCCAGAUUAACGAAUUAAAAUAUUCCACCACUGAGCCAGGAAUUCAAACGACGAGGGCUAAAUUAGAUGCUGAUGCUAAAGCCAAGCGGGCUAAAUUAGACAUUGAAGAGGCAGCAAUUAAACAAGAAGCGGCUCAUGAAGCGGAAUUAAAGAAAAUGGAGACUGGUCAUCAACCUGCUGAAAAUCAACCAGACUUUUUAUCUGGCUUAGCCGCUAUUUCCGCAGCGGGAACAUGUGCGGGCUAUGCCAGUUUAGUAGUUGAAGCAGAUCCCCGAAUAUAUACUGCUGCUCAGGUGGCGGAUAUUUCUGGCAAGGCACUAGAUGCUUAUGAAGUAGAAGCGGAAAGUGAUAAAGUAGCAACAGUAAAAUUUGAAAGUGAAAAUGAUUUUGAAGUAGUGAAGCAUACUAAUAUGGAUGAUUACUUUAUUCAACUUGAUGAUUAUUAA